AUGUCCCGAAUCAUCAGCCUAGGUGCCCCUCCCCCCCGCUCCUCCCCUUCAGAUGCGCGAAUCCUGGGGUCGAGUGGCUAUACAUCUCCAUCAAAAGCAGUGAAAGGCCUUUCGCUCAACGACGAAAAUAGCAACGAGAUCAACGGUCAUGGCGAAGAACAAGAUAAAGAGGAAGAAGAAGAGGAGGAAGAGGAAGAGGAAGAGAUGGGCAUGAUGGUGGAUUCUGAUAUGGAGGAGACAGAGGACGAGGAGGACGAUGAUCGGACCGUGAUCCAUGUCGAGGUCCGCCAAAAACAGCACUCGCGUAUCUUGCAACAGCCUCUCAUGAUCGUCCUCCAGCAAUUUAUAGAGGAAGAAAUUGCAAGGGUGCAACUGGGGUGCGAGCUGCCGGGAUGGCAAGAAGUGGAGAUACUGCGUGAGCACGUGGAUAGGGUAUGGGUAGAGGAAGGAGUGAUGGGCGUUGAGUCCAUUCAGGCGAGCGAAGCCGAGAUCCAGGUCCAUGUCUACAAGGCGUCUGUAGAUGACUUGCUAGAGGAGUUCACGGCGGAUUUGGAUGAUGAUGACGACGAGGAAAAGGUUUCGGCCGCUUCGGUCAGAUCGCUCCCAUCGAAAGAGCUCGACGGUGUCUGGGAUACACUGGUAUACUCGGACGAUAUCAAAGCUCGACUACUGAACUACAUUUACUCCACCAUUCUCUUUUCCGAAUGCGAAGUCGACUUCAACGUCAUUGCGUGGAAUAGGGUCAUCCUGCUGCAUGGCCCGCCGGGAACGGGAAAGACGAGUUUGUGCAGGGCUCUGGCGCAGAAGAUCUCUAUCCGGUUAUCAGACAAGUAUAGACAUGGCAAGGUCAUCGAGAUCAACUCGCACUCUCUCUUCUCCAAAUGGUUUUCCGAAUCUGGCAAGCUGGUCCAGAAGCUGUUUGAAAAGGUCACGGAUCUGGUAGAGGACGAUUCCUGUUUUGUAGUGGUUAUGAUUGUAGACGAGGUGGAAUCUCUAACAGCUGCUCGAGCUGGAGCUAUGCGAGGCAACGAGCCUUCUGACUCUUUGCGCGUUGUAAACGCUCUCCUCACCCAACUCGACAAACUCCGCACUCACAAGAAUGUCCUCGUAAUGACCACCUCCAACCUUAUCGACGCCAUCGACGAGGCUUUCUUGUCUCGUGUCGACCUCUCCGAGCAUGUCCCACUCCCUCCACCUCGAGCCGUCUACUCUAUAUUGUCAGGCUGUCUGAGAGAAAUGGGGAAGAAAGGACUCGUCAGGGGAUGCAGAGUGAUGGACUGGCAAGGGGCUGAGGAAGCCAGGAGGGAGAGAAAGUUUAAAGGUGGUGAAGGAAAGGGGGAUGACAAGAAGAGGGAGCGAGAAAAGGCUAUAGGGGCAAGUCUCGCCGAGCUCGCUAUCCGAUGUCACGCUAUAGAGCUCUCUGGUCGAACUCUCCGCAAACUGCCCGUCCUAGCCCACGCCCGUUACCUCUCCUCUUCCUCUGGUGAACACCGCGCGCAAAAAAUUGAAAGGUGGAUCGACGCUAUGAACAAGGUUGUGGAUGUGGAAGCUGAGAAGAAAGAGGGGCCGGUCUCUGAAUUUAGCGGGGUUGCUAAUGGGGUGGGAGGGGAGAAGGGGAAGGGGCACAGCAGGAUUGGAAGCAUGGAGAAGAGGGACGUGGGGGUUUUGGUAGGGACGAAGAUGCGAGGCGAUAGACAAGAGCAUGGUCAUGCUUAA